AGCUAACAGAUCAACAUGAGCGGAAGAGGCAAAACCGGAGGAAAGGCCCGCGCUAAGGCCAAGACUCGCUCCUCCAGAGCAGGGUUGCAGUUUCCCGUGGGUCGCGUUCACAGACUUCUGCGCAAAGGUAACUAUGCUCAGCGCGUCGGUGCUGGAGCUCCAGUGUAUCUGGCCGCUGUGCUCGAGUAUCUGACCGCUGAGAUCCUGGAGUUGGCUGGAAACGCCGCUCGGGACAACAAGAAGACCCGCAUCAUCCCCCGCCAUCUGCAGCUAGCGGUGCGCAAUGACGAGGAGCUGAACAAGCUGCUGGGCGGAGUGACCAUCGCUCAGGGUGGUGUGCUGCCCAACAUCCAGGCCGUGCUGUUGCCCAAGAAGACCGAGAAGGCCGCUAAAGGCAAAUAAACUACGUUUCGGAUUUUACUCUCACCCAAAGGUUCUUUUAAGGACCACCUACUUGCCAUUUAAAAGGCAAUUUUACUAACAUCACCAAUCAAAGAGAAUAUAAGGCUUUGCUAAAUGCAUAUUUAUACACCGUGAUUGAAUUAUCGGGUGUGUCCGCGGGGUCUAAAUAUUUCUAUAACGUUUGAAAGCCACCAAAGUGUCACUUUUUAAAAGAGGUUUCUUUGCUGAACUACUGAACUUAAGUCCAGUAAUAUUACAGACUGGCGUAUUAAACCAGUUUAAACCUCAAAACAAUAAGCAGUAAACUCAUACU